AUGAGUGAACAUAAUCCGACAGAAAGUGCCAACGACGAUGACAAAGUUGAUGAUGCAGUAGAUCCCCGAGUGCAAAUUGAACUUGAAAGAUUAAAUACUGCUACUGAUAACAUUAAUAAACUUGAGGUUGAUUUAGAUGAAGCAAGAGCAACAUUUAGAGAAUUAUUAUGUGAAUCAACAAUGACAAUUGAUACUUUAGCUAAAAAGCUUGGUACCUGUAUUGAUAAAUCACGACCUUACUAUGACGCUCGAUUUAAAGCUAAAGAAGCACUUCGAGACGCACAAAAAGCAGCUAUCAGAUUUGAAAGAGCUAAUGGGCAGCAUGCGGCUGCUAAAGAAAUGGUUUAUCUAGCAGAGGAAGGCCUUAGGAUGGAAGGAAGAUGUUUUGAUCAUGCUUGGCAGGAAAUGUUAAAUCACGCAACUGAAAGAGUCAAUGAAUCUGAACACGAACGGGCUAUUUCAGAGUCUGAACAUCGACAUAUGACUGCACUUUAUCAUAACGCAGAACACACAGUCCAACGACUACAAUCAGAUUUAAAAAGAUCCAUUACUAAAUCAAGUUUGGGUGCACGACGCAGCUUGCUUCUCAUAAAUAGUAUUGCCUACCGACACAACUUGCUAUUAUUACCGUACUAUGAAAUGAAAGCCCAGUUUCAUCAAGCAUUAGAAAAACAAAAAUUGCGCGUGAGUGAAUUAGAACGAUCAGUCGGAGAAGCAAAGAUGACAUAUGCCGAAGCGUUACGUAAUCUUGAAAAAAUAAGCGAUGAAAUUCAUCGAACAAGACAAUACGAUAGUGGAGAUCCCAAAGAAAAUAAUCUAAAAAAUAGUAAUAAAAAAAAUUCAGAAUCUUCUACAGAGUCAAGCAUAACAGGAUCUCCAGAUAGUACAGAUUAUACGAGCGAUGAAUAUCUACGUCUUCCUGAUAAAAUAAGUCCAACAUCUUCAAUAUCUAACAAAGUUCAAAACACGACAGAGUACUUAGGAUUAAAUAAUGUGAAUGUUUCAUCAACGGAACCAAGAAAAUACAUAAAACGUAAAAGGCCUCAAAGCAUAGCAUCAUUAUCAACAAUAAAAAACACUCAAUUACCACAAAAAACCAGCGUAUCAACUCCACGUUUAUCAGAAGUUAUAACAACGCUAUCACCAUCAGCAGCAGCAGCAGCAUCAUCGUCAUCUUCAUCAUCAUCUAAUUUAGCACAAAUUGGUUCUAAUCAAUUAAAACGGUCAAAGUCAUCGUCAAAUAAAUUGAACCAUGAUAUUAAAAAUCCAAAUUAUCAACAAAAUAAUAAAAAUAUUGAUCAUACAGAAAAUAAUGAGAAAUGGACAGAAAUAAGUUUAAAUAAUUCACCGGAUGAUAUUUAUUAUAAUAAUGAGAUGUAUUCAGAUGAAGAUGAUCAAAUUCCAUACAAACCGUUACCUAGUGAAUUAAGUCCAGAAUCAAUGAUAGUUACUAGUGGUUCUAGUGACACUAAAGAUGCUCGUAUUAAUAAAAAAUGUUUAAGUCAUCAACAAUCAUUACCUGCAACGGUACAAAACAAUGAAAUGACUAUUGGAGAGCAUAAAAAAUCAGAAAUAACUCGAAGUCCGUCAACUAAAUCUAGAGGAAAAUUAGAUAGCAGCUUAACUAAUUGGAUUACCAAAAAUUCUGCUGUUUAUGGAGAAAGUUCUUGCACGUCAGGUAAUUCCGCAAGGAGACAAUCGUUGGAUAUGUUGUGGAAUACUGGUACUGGUGAACGGAUGAAAGAGUUAUUAAAUCAUGGAAUGAUGAUGCUUAAUAUAUCAAGCUUAACUGAAAGACGAUCGAGUGAACCAAAAUUAGUUGAUAAUGAUGAUAAAUUCGUACAAAAACAUGAUAGUAAGAUUGCUGUCUUAAAAGGCAAAGUUCCUAGUCCAUUGGAAAAAACUAUGAAUUAUUUAAAUCCUGAUGAAGAAACAUCGGAUAGUGAAAGUUUAGCUAGUGUGGAAAUGUUAUCAGAAGAUCAAAUUUCGUCACUAAUGAUGGAACCUGAUAUAAAUCAAUUUGGAAUUCUUGACACACAAAUUUAA